CGGGGAGGGAGCCCGGGGCGCUGCAUCCUGGCGCGGGCCUCCGCCGCCGCUGCAGCCACUGCCGUCGGGAAAGGUCCCGGCGCGGACAUGACCUCGCGCGCCGCUCUCCUGGGCGGGAGCUCCCGGCGCCCAGCGCAGUAGCCCCGCGAAGAGGCGGCGGACUCGACGGUGCAGACCGCGCAGAAAACCAGGCGGGCGGCAUGGAGGCGGCGCACCUGCUCUCGGCAGCCGACGUGCUGCGCCGCUUCUCGGUGACGGUCGAGGGCGGCCUGAGGCCAGAGCAGGUGACUAGCGCGCGAGAGCGCUACGGCCCCAACGAGCUCCCAACUGAAGAAGGGAAGUCCCUGUGGGAGCUGGUGCUGGAGCAGUUUGAAGACCUCCUGGUGCGCAUCCUGCUGUUGGCUGCCCUGGUCUCCUUCGUCCUGGCCUGGUUUGAGGAGGGCGAGGAGACCACAACAGCCUUCGUGGAGCCUCUGGUCAUCAUGCUGAUCCUCGUGGCCAAUGCCAUCGUGGGCGUAUGGCAGGAACGCAAUGCUGAGAGUGCCAUUGAGGCCCUGAAAGAGUAUGAGCCUGAGAUGGGUAAGGUGAUCCGCUCGGACCGCAAGGGCGUGCAGAGGGUCCGUGCCCGGGACAUCGUCCCUGGAGACAUCGUGGAAGUAGCAGUGGGAGACAAAGUGCCCGCUGACCUCCGCCUCCUCGAGAUCAAGUCCACCACUCUGAGAGUGGACCAGUCCAUCCUGACAGGUGAAUCGGUGUCUGUGACCAAACACACAGAUGCUAUCCUGGAUCCCAGAGCUGUGAACCAGGACAAGAAGAACAUGCUAUUCUCUGGUACCAACAUCGCAUCGGGCAAGGCACUGGGGGUGGCAGUGGCCACAGGCCUGCACACAGAGCUGGGUAAGAUCCGGAGUCAGAUGGCGGCAGUGGAGCCAGAGCGGACACCGCUGCAGCACAAGCUGGAUGAGUUCGGGCGGCAGCUGUCCCGUGCCAUCUCUGUGAUCUGUGUGGCCGUGUGGGUCAUCAACAUCAGCCACUUCGCUGACCCAGCCCAUGGUGGCUCCUGGCUUCGUGGUGCCGUCUACUACUUCAAGAUUGCCGUGGCUCUGGCUGUGGCUGCCAUCCCUGAGGGCCUCCCAGCUGUUAUCACUACAUGCCUGGCUCUGGGCACACGGCGCAUGGCACGCAAGAAUGCCAUUGUGCGGAGUCUGCCCUCUGUGGAGACGCUGGGCUGCACCUCGGUCAUCUGCUCCGACAAGACCGGCACACUCACCACCAAUCAGAUGUCUGUCUGCCGGAUGUUCGUGGUAGCCGAAGCUGAAGGAAGCUCCUGCCGUUUGCACGAGUUCACCAUCUCCGGCACCACUUACGCCCCGGAGGGCGAAGUGAGGCAGGCGGAGCAGCUCGUGCGCUGUGGGCAGUUCGAUGGGCUGGUGGAGCUGGCGACAAUCUGUGCCCUGUGCAACGACUCAGCGCUGGACUACAAUGAGGCUAAGGGCGUAUAUGAGAAGGUGGGAGAGGCCACGGAGACAGCCCUGACUUGCCUGGUGGAGAAAAUGAACGUGUUUGACACCAACCUCCAGGCCCUGUCCCGAGUGGAACGAGCCAGUGCCUGCAAUGCGGUCAUCAAGCAGCUGAUGCGGAAGGAGUUUACUUUGGAGUUCUCCCGGGACCGGAAGUCCAUGUCAGUGUACUGCACGCCCACUCGCCCUGGCCUGGCAGCCCAGGGCAGCAAGAUGUUUGUGAAGGGGGCUCCUGAGAGUGUGAUCGAGCGCUGCAGCUCAGUCCGAGUGGGAAGCCGCACAGUACCCCUGAACGCCACCUCCAGGGAGCAGAUCCUCGCCAAAAUCCGGGAUUGGGGCUCCGGCUCAGACACGCUGCGUUGCCUGGCACUGGCCACUCGGGAUGCACCCCCAAGGAAGGAGGACAUGCAGCUGGAUGACUGCGGCAAAUUUGCGCAGUACGAGAUGGACCUGACUUUUGUGGGCUGCGUGGGCAUGCUGGACCCUCCAAGGCCCGAGGUGGCUGCUUGCAUCGCACGCUGCCACCAGGCCGGCAUCCGUGUGGUCAUGAUCACAGGGGACAACAAAGGCACAGCUGUGGCCAUCUGCCGCCGGCUUGGCAUCUUCAAGGACACAGAGGAUGUGGUGGGCAAAGCCUACACGGGUCGCGAAUUCGAUGACCUCAGCCCUGAGCAGCAACGCCAGGCCUGCCGCACAGCGUGCUGCUUCGCCCGUGUGGAACCUGCACACAAGUCCCGAAUUGUAGAGAACCUACAGUCCUUCAAUGAGAUCACCGCCAUGACUGGAGACGGGGUGAAUGAUGCCCCAGCUCUGAAGAAAGCAGAGAUUGGCAUUGCCAUGGGUUCCGGCACAGCUGUGGCCAAGUCGGCAGCUGAGAUGGUGCUGUCAGAUGACAACUUUGCCUCAAUUGUGGCUGCAGUGGAGGAGGGCCGGGCCAUCUACAACAACAUGAAGCAAUUCAUCCGCUACCUCAUCUCCUCCAAUGUCGGCGAGGUUGUCUGCAUCUUCCUCACGGCAAUUCUGGGCCUGCCGGAAGCCCUGAUCCCUGUGCAGCUGCUCUGGGUGAACCUGGUGACGGAUGGCUUACCUGCCACAGCCCUGGGUUUCAACCCACCAGACCUGGACAUCAUGGAGAAGCUGCCCCGGAACCCUCGUGAGGCCCUCAUCAGUGGCUGGCUCUUUUUUCGAUAUCUGGCUAUAGGAGUGUACGUAGGCCUGGCCACGGUGGCUGCCGCCACCUGGUGGUUCCUAUAUGAUGCCGAGGGACCUCACGUCACCUUCUACCAGCUGAGGAACUUCCUGAAGUGCUCCGAGGACAACCCACUCUUUGCUGACAUUGACUGCGAGGUCUUCGAGUCACGCUUCCCCACAACCAUGGCCUUGUCUGUGCUGGUGACCAUUGAAAUGUGCAAUGCCCUCAACAGUGUCUCGGAGAACCAGUCGCUGCUGCGGAUGCCACCCUGGCUGAACCCUUGGCUGCUGGCAGCUGUGGCCAUGUCCAUGGCCCUGCACUUCCUCAUCCUGCUGGUGCCACCCCUGCCCCUUGUUUUCCAGGUGACCCCACUGAGUGGGCGCCAGUGGGUAGUGGUGCUCCAGAUAUCUCUGCCUGUCAUCCUGCUUGAUGAGGCCCUCAAGUACCUGUCCCGGAACCACGUGGAUGCCGGUCUUAAUGCAGAUAUUCUCAGGGCAGUCUCCCAGGCAUGGAGUGGGCAGCCACUGACCACCGCCAGGAUCCCAGACCACACUGGAAGAAAAGGACAAGAAGUGAGUGCUGGGAACAGAGUGGAGUCUCCAGUGCGUACCUCAGCCUGAUGAUGCCCAAGCGUUCACUCCUACUCCCCACACUGCCGUCACGCUCACCGCUUGCUCACUGGGCCCUGCCGAGGGUCUCUGUCCUUGCUUCCAUAUGCAUGGGGGCUGUGCAACUCAUGCCUCUGGGACUCUCCUGGGAAGUUCACCCCUGACGUUCCGGCUCCAGAGCAGCAGCCUAGGAGGGGCCUGCCCAGAAGCCAGAGCUGGAAGCAGAUCUAGACAUGCAGAGGCCUCUACCCCCAAAUCUAUGAGCACAUUCUGGAGCAGGCACGCCCUUGCUUGGAGGCUGGGCAUUUUACUUGGUCACUGGUGCUUCUGUACUGAUGGAGGACUCCUGGAGUUCCUGCUAGCUCUGACCUCUCACUUAGUGCCUGGUCUGGGGCCUGGUCAGCGGGACGGGGGGCGGUGAAGGGGAGGACAUCUGGGCCCAGCUGUGCACAGUGAGGGCAGACAACCCCCCUCCACUCUGCUCUUUUCCCACAAAGUUGGCACGUGAGGGUUUGAGCCUCUUACUGUUUAUAUGUGCAGGGGGUUGAAGGGUCAGUGGGAGGGAGAUGGUAGUGGCGGGGGGGGGGGCGCUGGGUAAGGAUCCCCUUCCCAGGAGACAGCUGGCUUGGCUGCCUCAGUUCUGGACACUCCCAGACUGAGAUUUCCCUGUCCUAAGCAAAUGAGACAUGCCAAAUCUCGUUGCUGUCCAGUCUGCCAAGCAGAGGCUGGAUUUUCCCUCCAUGUCCCUGGUGCCUAAGACCCCAGACAUCCUUGGGUACCUGGUCACUGUGCCCUCUCAGCUCAACCCUGUGUGCACCAUCCCACAGUCUGCACGGCUGGGUGAUCCUGAGUCUUCUAGUCUCUUGGCCUCACUCUUCACCUCCAACCCCACAUGUCCGUGAGCUGGAAGGAUGUCACUAAGAAUGGCUAGUUACCCAACAGCACUUACUCUCCCUCCCUCAUUGCUGGAAGAAUGUGUGUCCAUUGUGGAUCAUGUUGGAUGAUGGGAAAAGAGCGUUUGAUGGACAUAAAUGUUCUUUUAAUUCGGCUCUUGCCCCUCUGGCAAAAAUUAGGCAUGGAAGAAAACAGUGGGUCAAUGUACAUCCUCACCCCUCCUGGAGAGUAUACCAAGUGAUUCUUUUAUGUGUAAAUCAAGACUCACAUCCCUGUCCUGGUCCCCGGAAUCAAAAAGCCCCCUUAGCCUGCCUUGCAGACAAAUGGGCUCCAGGCUCUGUGGCCUCUUACCACACCUUUCUUCCCUCCCCUCUCUCAGUCAGGCGGGGCUCCCCUGGGCACUAGCCCACAGAGAUUCUCUGCUUCUGUCCUGCUGAAGGGAAGGGAGAUCUUGAGGUGGGGGAUGGUGGGAGGGCCCUGAACCCACCUGUUGAUGCGAAGUUGGUAGAGAAAUAAAGGUUGAGUGCCGGGGG